GCGUCUGCUUCCUUAGAAUCGAAAUAGGCAGAAUGUUAACGGUGUUGAGUUUGCGAGAUGUUCGACGUCACCUGCAUUGCAGGUCACAAGUCAGCAUUCGAUAGGUAACCUCCAAACACCACGAAAGCGAAGUGAUCCAGCAAUUGCUGCUCAACGAAGAUUUUGAAUUUUGCCUUUUGAACGUACCACUGCCUAUUUCACAAUGUCCCAGCACGGUCACUCACACGAUGACGACCACGGCCACUGCCACGGCGAAGCCCACACUCACUCUCCACCUCCAGAUGCCACAACCGCAGCUGAAACUCUUUACCCUCAUAUUGACCACGCUCACAUCCAAACAUUCUCCGCGGCGGAGGAGUCAAUGGGCCGGGCGAUUGUCCGACCAUGGGAUGAGCGGAUGGAUACAACGAAGGUGUUGGAGAGUGAGGAUGAUGAGGGUGUUGUUAUGAUUAUUCCGUUCGAUGGCCUCGUGAAGCUCAAGACUGUUCUUUUGCGUACCCCCGCUGACGCCUCCGCCCCAAAAACCCUUCACCUCCUCGCAAACCCACCCUGCCACCUCGACUUCUCCUCCGCCCUCUCCCACCCCCGCACUCAAUCCCUCGACCUCGCCCUUGGCACCUCAGACAUCAUGGAAUACCCAGUCAAAAUACCAAAGUUCUCAAACCUGCGCUCUCUGGGUUUGAUCUUUGAGGGUGGAGAUGAGGAUGAUGAUGGUGUGCUCAGGGCGUGGUAUUUGGGCUUUAGAGGGGAGUGGAAGGAGAUGAAGAAAGAACCUGUUAUUGCGAUAUACGAGGCUGCAGCGAAUCCGGCGGAUCAUAAGGUGACGGGGAGGAGUGAGGUUGGUGGCAUGCAGGGUUUGGGAGGAGGAAGGGGAUAUUGAUGGUGACGAGAGGGAUGGCAAAGGAAUUGAGUGAGAGUGAAGCUCUAUACGGCAUACGGUGGACGAAUCAGGCGGAGCAUGACGAGAAGUUGGCUAUGAGUGGCCAACCACACUGGGACAUAUUCCGCAGUGCCCACUCACAUAUGGGCUUCCUCGAUCGCAUAGCUAGACGUCUUGCCUAAACGCGGCCGGAAGAUUUCUGAGAUUUUACAAGGUCGGUUGAAGUUGACUGCGGUAUUUGGCGAUAUGUCGAACAGCGUGUGUUGGCAAUGGUGCACAGCAUCUUCCACGAUGAUAAGGGAAGAAAGGCAUGGCGUAGUAAAUGCUGAAGUGUAUGCAUUGAAGCUCAUGUGAUUAGUCCGUUACCCUCCUCCUUCGUACAAGGUAUGUUAUUGUACACAUCCACUUUUCCC